AUGUUGAAAAAUGAAGUCUUACGGAAUAAAGUUGAAGAGAAAAAUGGGAAAAAUUUGUCAAAAAAUUCUUCAUUAAAAGGAAAGACAAAAAAUUCUUCAAAAAGAAUAUUUAAGAAGAGCAAAAGGAGAAGAAAAAGAAAAUUAAGAGAAGAAAAGGAGCAACAACAAAAACAAAAUGAAAAGAAGAGAAAAGCAGUGCCUAAAAUUUCACCAACCUUUCGAUUAAUUGGCUCCAAAUGUAAUGAAAAUAUUGACCAUUGCUCUGCUGGUGCUGAUUGUUUAAACUCCAAAUGUGUUUGUCUUGAAGGAUCCUUUCCUGAUACUCAAAAGCGUUAUUGUCGUCAAUACCCUGGAAAAAGUUGUGCAAAAGGUCAAAUGUGUACUGAUAGAUCUGACUGUAUUUUUGGAAAAUGUAAAUGUCGUAGAGGACUUGAACUACAAAUUUUUGGAAAUAUUAGCAAAUGUGGAGAGUCUAAAAAGAACAAUGGAAAAAUGCCUUUAGCUGGCCAUUUGUGUGCUAAUAAUGAAUGUACUCCAGGUGCAAAAUGUCAAAAUGGAAUUUGCACAUGUUUAGAAGGUUAUAAUUUAUUUCAUGGUGAAUGUCUUCCUCCUCGUGCAAGUCUUAGCGGAACCAACACUUUCCAUGAGCAUUCUCUCCUAUUUUUUCCAAAUUUUCCAUUGAUGGAUUCAUCAACAUUUGAAAUUAAAUAUAAAGAAAGGAAGGAUGAUUUAAGUGAAGAAGAUCCAUUACCAACCAAAACAGUUGUAGCGGGAGCGCCAUGUCGACUUUCACUUGAAUGCCCUUACAGAACAGAAUGUUUGCGGGGUGUGUGUCGUUGUAAACAAGGGGAAACGAUAAUUAAUGGAGUUUGUAGAAAAGCAAUACAUGAGGUGUUACCUGGUGGCCGGUGUGAUACUCAGAACGGUGUUGAUUGCAUAGGGGAAUCUCACUGUUUUUAUGGCAUUUGUGUUUGUCUUUAUGGACUUGUUAUUACUGGACAAGAAUGUGUUAAUUCCUCAUUAAUGAAAGCUGUACGUCCAGGUGGAAGAUGUAUUUUGGGUCAACGAUGUACUGGAAGGUCUAGAUGUGUUCGUAGCAUUUGUCAAUGUCCUCAGUUUGUUUUUUUUUUAAUUUUUGGGGGGUAAAUGCCAAGUUGAUGUACCAAUUAGGGUUCGCUAGGGUUGGGUUUUCAUUUUUUGCUUUCGCAAAUG